AUGGAUUUCAACGAGAUUAGUUCCGACAACAACGACGAUAUCAGCCUUGAUAUGUCAGAUGGAUCUUCAGUUUUUGAUGAACAAGAUGGAGUGGGUAUCGAACUUGGUACAAGACCUUACCAGUUUGAGCCAGAAGCCGAUUCUGACGAGGAAUUGGUAGAUGAAGACGACAUACAGCCCAGCGAGGACGAGCGCUUGGGGAAUACUGACUGGUGCACUUGCGAGCAGUGUGUUGCGAUGCCUAAUGCAGAAGAGUGUGUAUGCUGCCAGGAGAUACCAGAAAUCAGAUGCGUGACAGAAGAAGACCAUCGACACUGCAUUACACAGCACAAUGGGUUCUCCCCAGUAUGUCUUCACCCUUCUGUUUUGAGGACGGCAUACCAUUCGUAUAGACAGCAGUAUGCAGAACUUCCGGAAACUAAUGGGUAA